AUGAAUGAAGCGGCCGGCCGGCCCGAGGUGACGGCGUUUUUCGAUGAGGCGACCUUCACGGUCAGCUACGUGGUGGCCGAGCCCGGAGGCGGGCGGGCCGCGGUCAUCGAUUCCGUCCUCGACUACGAUCCCAAGUCCGGGCGUCGCUCGACCGCCUCGGCCGACAGGAUCAUCGACUUCGUGCGGACGCAGGGUCUGGGUGUCGACUGGAUCCUGGAAACCCAUGUCCAUGCCGACCAUCUGACGGCGGCGCCCUACCUGCAGCAGCAGCUCGGCGGGACCAUCGGCAUCGGCGCCGAGGUCUGCCGUGUGCAGGAAGCCUUUCGCAGUGUCUACAAUCUGGAUGGGGGCUUCGCCGCCGAUGGCAGCCAGUUCGACCAUCUUUUCCGGGACGGCGAGAGGCUUUCCAUCGGCGGCCUGACGGCAGAAGUGAUGUCGACGCCGGGCCACACGCCGGCUUGCAUCACCUAUGUCAUCGGCGAUGCCGCCUUCGUCGGUGAUACCCUCUUCAUGCCGGACUACGGUUCGGCGCGCACCGACUUUCCCGGCGGCGACGCGCGCCAGCUCUACCGCUCCGUCCGGCGCAUUCUCGCGCUGCCGUCCGAGACGCGGCUGUUCCUCUGCCACGACUACAAGGCGCCGGGGCGCGAUGUCUUCGCCUGGGAGACGACGGUGGCCGAGCAGCGGGAAAAGAACAUCCACCUGCACGACGGGGUGGGGGAGGAGGACUUUGUCGCCCUGCGCGAAGGGCGCGAUGCCGGGCUCUCCAUGCCGGUGCUGCUGCUGCCGGCGGUGCAGGUGAACAUGCGCGCCGGUCACCUGCCGCCGCCGGAAGACAACGGCAUCUCCUACCUGAAGAUCCCGGUCGACGGGGUCUGA